UAAUGAGAAAUUGAUAAGAAUCGAAUUUGUAAUCUUUGUAUCACUUUAACUCUUGAUAACGUCUUCAACAACCAACCCAACUAAAAGAAAACUUAUAACCGGAAUUACAUUCACUAGUCACCACAAAAAAUGGUUCAUUUUCAAACACCAACCAUAAUUUAUGAGUAUGGACUAUGGUCCUAUACUGAAGAGCUGCAAGCCGCAGAUAUCAGGUAUCAGUUAUGAAGGCAACAAACACCGUCACGUGGUGGCGAUGCCGUACCCAGGUAGGGGCCACAUUAAUCCAAUGCUUAACCUCUGUAAACUCCUCCUCCUUAAAUCAAAUAAUUUAUUCAUCACAUUCGUAGUAACUGAAGAGUGGCUCGGCUUCCUCAGCGCCGAGGCUCAUGAUCAGCCGCCGCCGCCGCCUAACUUUCAAUUGGUUUCACUUCCCCAAGUCAUUCCUUCUGAAAUUGGGAGAGGUAAAAAUUUUCCUGCGUUUGUAGAAGCCGUAAGCACGAAGCUUCAAGCUCCUUUUGAGCGGCUCCUGGAUGGGCUUGAGCUGGCGCCGUCAGUUAUUGUUUAUGAUAUGAUAUUAGGUUGGGUUGUUGAGGUUGGAAAUGAGAGGAAUAUAGCAGUUGCGACACUAAAUACUUUUUCAGCUUCUUUUUUAUCCAUUAUUUCUAACUUCGAUCUGUUGGUUCAACAUGGUCAUUUUCCUGUUGAUGUCUCCGAAAGAGGAGAUGAAAUUGUGGACUAUAUUCCUGGACUUCCUCCAACAAAAAUUGCUGAUUUUCCAACAAUCUUCCAAGGAGAUGGAAGAAAGACCCUAAACACAUUCCUCAAAUCAGUUUCUUCUAUAAACAACACUCAAUUCCUUUUAUCCACAUCCAUCUAUGAAUUUGAACACCAACUAAUACAUUUCUUAACACGAAACUUUACUCCUCCAUUAUAUAACAUUGGCCCCAUGAUACCAUAUUUCAACCUUCCUAAACAAAAACAAACAUCAUCAUCCAAUGACUACUUCCAAUGGUUGGAUUCUCAACCCAAAAAAUCUGUUCUUUACAUCUCUCAAGGAAGCUUUCUUUCGGCCUCGAAUGAUCAAAUCCAUGAGAUUAUUGAAGGGAUUAAGCUAAGUAAUGUUCCAUUUUUGUGGGUAACUCGUGGCGAUACUCAAAGAUACAAAGAGGUAGGAAUAAGUGAUAAAAUUGGAUGCUUGGUGCCUUGGUGUGAUCAACUAAAAGUGUUGUGUCAUUCUUCAAUUGGCGGGUUUUGGACGCAUUGUGGAUGGAACUCGACUUCUGAAGCUAUGUAUGCUGGUGUUCCUAUGCUUACUUGUCCUAUAUUUUGGGAUCAGUUUCCUAAUAGUAAGUUUUUAGUUGAUGAUUUGAAGAUUGGAUGGAGGGUUUUAAAGAAUGAUGAUAUGAAAACGAGAGAGGAAAUAGCACAAAUUGUAAGGAAGUUUAUGGAUUCGGAAAAUGAAGAGCGUAAAGAGAUGGUUAGAAGAGCAGAAGAGGUAAGGGAUACAUUCCAUAAGGCUAUUGCUAAUGGUGGUUCUGCUGCUUCAGAUCUUGAUGCUUUUGUUAAUAAGAUUCUUUUCAUUUAAUUAGUACUUUUUACUAUAAUAAUUUCUUAUAUGGAAAUUGAAGUUAGUUGAUUUGAUGCACUUUGUUAUUUGUAAUAUUAUCAAUUACUUCUUCUAUUUCCUAUAAAUGUUCUCAUAUGGAUGUUAACGGGAAUUAAGAAACUUGAAUCUUUUAGAA